GAGACGGACGUUCACGUUGUCCCGGAGCGAGUCCCGGAUGUCCCACAGCCCGUGAAGGCAGCAGUGUUUGUCAAAAUAAAGCCUCUUUCCUGCACGUUUCCUUCACGCUCGUCCCACAAACGGCGCUCUCUGACCCACUAACGGGGCUCCAGGCGGCGGGAAGCGCGUGCGUCCGUGGCUCAUCCACCGCAGAUUCGGGUCCGGAUCGCGCCGCUCGCAGACGGGACCGCUGGGCCUGCGCCGCCGCCGAGGAGCUGGAAGCGGGAGGACCAGCAUGCACCCCCGCUGAGCCCCCUCCCGGGAGGACCGGCGUCCAUGGGACCGUGAAGGAGACCCGUCCUGUCCGAUGAGAGGCGGCCUCCUGCGGGACACGCACGCGCGCGGCCUCACCGGGCGGCGGGGACGGAGGGCAGUUUUUGUGGGGCUUGAUUUUCUCCCGUGGUGUCCGUGUGGAGCGUCCCACACCCCCCCUCCACAACAACGACGGCUUUUGCCUGCAUCUUCCAGUGUUUCUUCUGUCAGCAAGUCCAGCAGAGCUGCAACUCUUCCAGUGCCAGCCCUGACGCCAGCGAGGAGCCCCGCCCCUCUGACAUGGUAAAGAUGACCAAGUCCAAGACCUUCCAGGCCUACCUGCCGUCCUGCCACCGCACCUACAGCUGCAUCCACUGCCGGGCGCACCUGGCCAACCACGACGAGCUCAUCUCAAAGUCGUUCCAGGGCAGCCAAGGACGAGCUUACCUGUUCAACUCCGUGGUGAAUGUGGGUUGCGGUCCGGCGGAGGAGCGGGUUCUCCUCACAGGCCUGCACGCCGUGGCGGACAUCUACUGUGAAAACUGUAAAACCACGCUGGGCUGGAAGUAU